UUCUUCUUUUUUUAUAAAUACUAUGUGUUUUUGUGUCGUUGCGUUAUUUCACGGGAGUUUUAAUUAAUUUUUUUUUUUUUUAUUUUAAUUGCUUAUAUAAAAAAUAUGGAAUAUUGGAAACUUAUUGCCGCAUUCCUAACUCUAUUUUGUUAUUUUUCUGAUGUCGAUGCUUUAGAUUGUUAUGUGUGUACAAAUCAAACGGGGAAUGUAGAAAAAUGUUUGAAUACUCUUCGCACUUGUGAACCCGGCGAAGAUGUUUGUGGCACUGAAAUACGAUGGGGUAGUCUGCCAUAUUUUUCACAAGGAGCUCUUAAACAGUAUUAUGUUUCCAAGCGAUGCAUGACAAAACAACAGUGCCAGGCGAAACGUAAGCGUCAUAUGCCUUAUUGUACACAUAUAUGGUACGAAGAUUGGUCAUGUCAUGAGUGCUGUCAAGGAGAUCGCUGCAAUUAUUUUAUCAUAAGCGGGGGCAAAAAACUCUCGAUGAUGCCAACAGUCAUCUUAACAGCGGUCUUGGUGACCUCAUUAACGAUAGUUAGAAACUUUUUUCGUUAAGAUAGAAGCUUGAAUUAAGAUUUAACAUAAUGGCUUUUAAUAGUAUUAAGUUUAAGAAUACCGAUCUGUUUGUAUAAAUCAAAUUUGAUCAAACAUUCCGCGUUAUUUUACGAAUCCGUCCAUCAAACCAUUACUGUUUCUGUAUUUUAUACAAUUAUAUUAUAUUAUAACUAUACAAAAUGUUGCAUUUUUA